AUGGCCGAGGAAGCUAUCCCAUUGCAGCCGUUCAAAGAAGCACGCAGUCCGCGUGACAAGUCCCCUAGUUUAACUCCAGACUGGAAACCAAGAAACGGACUGUUGCAGUUUAUUCGGCACAAUCAAACCAUCCCAAUCGCACUCUGUGUCGGCUUCCUAUCUGCCAGUACAGCCAUUAGUUUCACGUGGUGGCUCAGUGGCGAGAAGCUUCAAUGCCCUGGGUGGGCAAGUGAUUGCUCAAUACCACCACAAGUGAAAUGGCUCAGAGACAACAUCGGUACUGUCCAAGGUCUUGUCACGUUCGUGUACGCUACAAGUCUGGCAGCCAUGGCGUACGCAGCCCACGCGUGGUCCGAAGCUUCGAUCUGGCCCCUACUUGCUCAGCGACCCUACAGUAUUGAACAAAUCGAGACUUUCCUGUCCGCCAGCCGCGGCUCGGUUCCCUCGACAGCGGUUGUCUUUCGCCAUGUUGCAAAUUUCGAUGCCGCGCUCGUCAUCAUAUGCACCGCAUUGAUUACACUUAUUCCACUUACAGCCGCUCCCCUCGUGGGCUUCGUCUUUCACCAGCAGAUAGCGCCUCUGCAAGCCAGGAGCAACUACACAGGUGGGGGUGGUACUGGGAGACACUUCUUACAAUACAACCCACCAGUAUCCCUUCUGGCCCCUGCAGUCGUCAGGUAUGCCUCUUGGGCUGAGCCGCUGGCUGAGGAGCCGAUGCAAGACUAUCGAGAUUGGUUCGUAGACAGAUACAAGCUGGCUGACAAAGGCAACCUUGCAGCUUGUGCAGUUAGGCUACAAAAAGCAGUCACCUGUCGAGGACAUCAAGUCGACGACGUCCAUGAAGGGAAGGUCUCCACACGAAUGCACAAUCGCACUUUUGAUGACGGUCAAAACCCAAUCCCGAGAGGGGAUAAGACUGUGGACCUGUUAAUGCGGCCUCAGCUAGCAGUUUGGGCGGACGACUGUCAUCUUCCAUCUUCCAGUCGGGCUCGUUCGAGACUCGUCUUCGCAUCUCUGAACGGCACAAUCGAGAAUGGGAUAACAGCCUAUGUGAAGCAUGACGAAAUCCAUUCGCUCGAGGCAGUCGCCUGCGACAUUGACAUCGAGCUGGUGGACGAUAUUCUUUGUAUUGGCGACGAGGGAUGCAGGGAGAAACACUCGAUAAACCAGACACUCACGUCGCUGCAAGACAUCUAUCGCAAAAACUCACUGAACGAGAUUGUGCUGUGGAUGGCCAUGGCACCAAUACUAGUCGGAGUGAGUGUAAGUGGUAAGCAACCGAUGUUCUAUCACUGGGGAAUGGCUCCUCUCCCCCAUCUAUACACGACGACUAUCGGGAAAGGAGACCAUUGGACUCUGGAGCAACUGGAACAUUUUAUCAAUGUGUCCAUCAGCGCAGUCGUUCAGGAGCUUGUUGUCAAUCAGCCGGCCGAGCAUGACGUGGAAAUCAUAUCACUCACCACGACGACCAAGUUGGAAAGUGACAGAGUCCGACUGCUCAUACUGCCCGUUGCUACGAUGCUAAUCGUGAUGGCUUUACUGGUUUCCUGGUCCGAACUUCUUCACCGGAAGUACAAGAUACCGCUCAGGCGGCUGGCGAGUCUCAGCGAGUUCUUGAAAAGCUGCCAAACCGCAUAUGUAGCCAAGAAGGCCGCCGCGGAUUCUCUCCAGGCCGAUAGGCCUUCCCAACUAGGGAAACUGAAAGUGAUGUUUGGCAGGUGGACCGGUCUGGAUACAGAUGAGAGCCUUAUUGCCGGACUGGGGAAUCAAGUGGAGAGCUUUUCUUCAUCUCGGCCGUCGAGACAUGCGGCAUCAACAUCGAGUCAAGAGGUGGCGACAUGA